AUGGCCGAAGUUGACAAAGGUUCGGGUGUGGAGUUAUUGAAUGACCUGGUGUCUGAAAUUGAUGUGGAGAGAGUAUUUCAAACGCCGUUGUUGGAGUCGAUAAUGAAAAAUGUUAUCUUGCCUGAUGUGGUUGACGAGGAACAAAGUGCUUUCUUUAAAGGUCGGUUAAUCACUGAUAAUUCUCUCAUUGCUAUGGAAUGUUUCCACUGGUUGAAUAAGAAAGUUAAGGGGAAAAGAGGGACUAUGGCGUUGAAGAUGGAUAUGGCGAAGGCAUAUGACAAAAUGGAGUGGGCUUUCAUCAGAGGUGUUCUCCAGAGCAUGGGAUUCCCAGAAAGGAUUUUGCAGCUUAUCAUGUCAUGUAUCUCUACCGUGUCUUACCAAAUUCUCAUCAAUGACCAACCUAACUCGAGUUUUUCUCCUAAUCGGGGGAUCCGCCAAGGUGACUUACUUUCUCCAUCUUUUUUCUGUGUGUUAAUGUCUUGUCUGGUUUGUUGCAUAAAGAGGCUCAAAGCCAAGCCAUUCACAGUAUCCAAGUGGCUAGGAAUGCUCCCAAAAUCACACAUCUCCUGUUUGCGGAUGAUAGUCUCCUCUUUGCAAGAGCCAACCAAAAUGAAUGAAGCCAAUACUAUUAUCCAAGUUCUUAACAAGUAUCAGUUAGCCUCAGAGAAAAACAUUAUCUGUAACAAGAUUGAAGUAAAGCCUGUGACAUCUCAUUCUAGAUACUUGGGGCUUCCGGUGAUUUUUGGAAGAUCCAAAAAAGAAGUGUUUGCUUUUGUUCAAGACAAGAUUUGGAAGAAAGUCAAGGGUUGGAAAGAAAAAUGUUUAUCCAAGGCAGGGAAAGAAACUCUAAUCAAGGUUGUUGCCCAAGCCAUUCCUAAUUACAUUAUGAGUUGCUAUAAGAUUCCCGAGGGAAGCUGUGCAAAUAUUGAAUCCAUGCUCUCUAAGUUCUGGCUGAUGUCAAAUGAAGAUUCUCUUCUAUCUCGAGUAUUCAAGAGUAAGUACUUCCCUAGAUCAUGUUUUUUGAAAUCCAAAUGUGGCUACCAACCCAGCUAUGCUUGGCGAAGUUUAUUUAAUGCGAAGUCUGUGAUUGACCUUGGCCUGAGAUGGACAAUUGGAAAUGGGCAGCAAGUGAAAAUCUGGAAAGAUUCGUGGCUUCCUGAGUUAUUAAGUUUCAAAGUUUGGAGCCCUGUAUGCAAUCUAGACGAAGAUGCUGUUGUUGCGGAAUUAAUUGAUGUUGAUUUAAAGAAAUGGAAAAGAGAGCUCGUUAUGAACAGUUUGAAUGAGUUUGAGGCAAACCAAAUCCUCAAUAUUUCUCUCUCUUAG